AUGACAGCCUUUGGAGGCAGAAUAGUGGGGGCAGUGGCACCCCAGGAAGGAGAGGUGACAGUGGAGUUGGUGAAUGACAUAGAGCCAUGGCAGGACAGUGUCACCAUGCUGCCCAUGCAGCUCACUGGGCCAACCAUCCAGGCAAUUGACUCUUAUCAGAACUACAAGAAUACAGCACCUCUGAAAGCUUCUAUUCAGUUCCAAGGACUUGAAAGGCUUAUUGAAAUCCCCUCAAACUCUUCCCCUACUGAUGUAUACCAUGUUAACUUCCAGUUGUCCAGUGUGAGUAAUGACAAUCAUCAAGGGAGAGUUGACCAUACCCAGCAAACUGAAUGGGGCCCUACUCCCUCACAGCUCAGUUGCCAGGGCUUGUUUCCCGAGAAAAUGACAGUGCGCAGAACAAACACAACACACGGAUGUAUGGCCCAGGUAGAGGGGGACUCCUCUGACAAACUGAGCACGAUUACAAAACCAUAUGUAAGGAAGAAAGUACCAGUUCAGAAAGCACCUCAAACCAUUACAGAGCCAGUGCCUGAGAGGGAAAAAACCACUCCCAUUAAGCCUGCACAUUCAAGUCGAAAGUCACGGAUUGCCAACAGUGUCCACAUGCGGCCAUACAGGGACAGGGUGAUUCACUUGUUGGCACUGAGGGAUUAUAAGAAACCUGAGCUGCUCGUUCGACUGCAGAAAGAUGGUAUCCUUAAAAAAGACAAGAACUCACUUGGAAAAAUUCUGCAACAGGUAGCCACUCUAAAUCCUAGGAAUUUUUCUUACACCUUAAAGGAUUUUGUUUUCAAAGAGCUCCAGAGAGACUGGCCGGGUUACAGUGAGUUAGAUAGGCAGUCAUUGGAAUUGGUGCUUGCCAGAAAAGCGGAGCUAGCUCAGAAUACUACUGCCACCAAUUACUCAGAAUCUUCUAGAGUUUCUAGUACAGAUGGCACUUCUCAGAAACAGCUUUUCAAUUCGACUUUUAUUGAUCCUUUAAGGAAAAAAAAAGUUAGAAUAUCUCACCUGACAACUAGAUUACAGUCAACAUCAAAUGUUAAGUUGAAUAACGCUGGUGGAAAAUCUGCUGCAGCUCUCCGACUACCUUCUGCGGCUACAGCCAGCCUUACCUCUCCGCCUCUGCCCUCAACCUCCCUUCCCAUUUCAAAUUCUCCCCAGCCUGUAAGUUCUAACUAUAAUUCUUAUAGCACCCCCGAAGGGCUCAGGACUCAAGAUCCAUAUUGUGACAGUUUCUGUCGAAAUCGUAGUGUAUUUGAACACCAGCAGGAUAAGCAUACUUCUGUGGAAAUGUUGGCCUGUAUUUCCAUUCAAACAAAUUAUCCAAAACUCAUAGAGAAGAACCAUUCAACAUCUGAUGAGAAGUUCAAAUAUAAAUUUAUAGAACACCAAGCAAAGAACCAAAAACACGGUAUUGAGAUGAUGGAGACGCAGAAGAUAGAUCCUGCAAGACGAAAUAGAGGCACAAAGUCAGACUCCAGUGAAGGAGUUGAAAAGGUUUGCACUGUCACUGAAGACAGCUGUUCAACAUCUGGGCCCUCAGGUUAUUUGGCCAACUACUUCACCAUAGUCACUUCUGAGCAACGUCAGCACUAUGCGCAGGAAUUCAGAGCAGAGUAUGAUGAAUAUCAGGCCUUGCGAGCCAAGCUGGUGACUGUAUCCAGCCCAUUUGUUAACCUCGAUGCAAAAAGGAAGAACCUUUCUCCAGGCACAAAAGUCUAUCAGGAUAUUAGUGAAAAAAUCUCACUAGAAUAUCAGAAAAUAAAGCAGAGUAAUCCCAAUUUUGACGCAGAAAAAGAAAGGUGCUGGUAUCUUUAUAACAAGCUGGCUCACAUUAAAAGAUUAAUAAGGGAUUUUGACCAAAAGAAAGAGGUGUGCAGGACAUUCACUGGGCUGCUGCUGGCCCUGUGUGGUCACCACCUGGCCUCUGAGAGAUGUGCCUGGUCCCUGGUACUGCACACACUCGAGUUCCAGGCAGCCACCUCCAGGAACGCUGCUGGCUCCCUUCCCUUCCUUCCUCCGGGCCUGCCUUCCCCACAUCCCCAUUGGGCUUUAAAAUCUUUCAUGCCGCCUACCCCUCCUUCACCUCCUUCUCUGCCUCCACCUCUGCCUCCUCCUCCAGCCACCUUUCCUGGUGCUCCUCCUCCCAGCACCUUUGCAGUACGGACAGCUUGGUGGCUGCCCCUGAAGGAGGAGCUGUGGUAUCCGGCCGGGCAUAACACACAGAUUGCCCUGGCUGAAUGUGGCUGCAGCCUCAUGGGCAUCACCCCUCAGCGGCUCCUGGGAUGUCUGUGUAGUCCCUGCCUGAGGUGA